CUGUAUAUCGAUUUCUCAACGAUUCAUAACAUGAUGGAACAUCUGAUCCCCUUUCGUGCUAUAUCGAAGUUCUCGACAGGGUUUCUGCUUUCUCUAAUGGUAGUAUUGCCAGCGAAUCAGGAGCCAGUGAAACCUUCCCAGGAACCUUCAGCGUGUGUCCCAGCCUGUCGGACCCGGAUCUUCUCGAGAAUCCCGUAGAAUUAGGGCGCUAUGCUCUUCCUCUCUUGUCACGUGGGUUGUUUAGCAGAAGCUUCGAACCGCCUACCCUCUUCAAGGAGUUCCAAACCUUUCUCGAACUGAAAGAAUUGGUCAGCCAGCACACAGUUGCGGUUCAGCUAAAUAGCCGAUCUGUGGCUGAGCUGCAAGAUGCCCUCACCUACGCAUGGCUACCCAGUUUUGAAAAGAGCAAUCGGAGCACGGCACAAGCUGAAAUCGAGAAUGGAAUGGAACUAGAGAAUGGAACUAGGUUUUCGACGAAUGGGUCGCCAUUAAUGCUGAUUACCUACAUGUUACCAGUGCCAGAUGUCUUCUUCGAGAAGAAUUUCCCCCGCAGCCUGCCUCAGUAUAAAUGGUUGUUCGCUCCCAAUGAGUUAGGACAAAAUGGUCCAUCAUCGAUGAACGAAUUCAUUCAGCGAUUGCAGAUCAUGGGUUUGACAGCAUACGACGGUCCGGCGCUAUACAAGAGCGGCGGCAUACUAGACGAUAUUUACCUGCGGGCAAACUCUACAUACGGCUUCUUUGAUACCGACCAGUUGAAGGCGGAUGUGCUGGGAAUUGUUAAACAAAAGCGCAUUAGACAGAACUGUAGCGACACGAGCGUGGACGAUGUGGAAGUUCAUUUUGGUCAACUCGAGCCAGGAAUCGUCACAUCGAGGGCGAACGGGAAAUAUUCUGAUGUGAAUGCAAUGUCCAUUCCAGUCGUUAUCAAACUCAUACUGCAGCAGAAGGUCCUUCUCUCUGAUUCUGCGGCAAUCAGGACAAAUUUUGUCGACUGGUUCCCGUUACCCAACCAUGCCGAUCGCUACUAUCUUUAUUCACUAACGGCGCAGCGAAGAAAUAUUAAUACCACCGGUCUUCAUCUAGUGGAUCACCAGCCCUUGAAUCCCGCGCACUCCUUCCGUAUGCACCUGGAUCGACCACUGAAUGUGCAGUGGAUGCCGCUACUGGAAGCUCAGAUGACAUCGCAGCUUAAUAACAACACCACCGAUCGUUACAAUUUAGCGGAGGUGCGUAUAUGGAAUUUUGAUCCGGACGGUUGGGUUGUCAACUUUUUUGUAAUUCUGCAAGAUGAACACAGAACGUUGGCUGAAUUUGUUCUGGAUGGCAGAAUGCAGUAUGCUGCCAGCAUCUACCGUAAACUCGAUGGCUUAGAGCUUCGCGUACCAUCGGCUAGUAAAGCGUACCGGUUGAUGACGCACGGUGUUGACGAAGAUCAGAAGAAUACGAUCAAAGCAACAAUCCUGCGGGCAUGCGAAGGAAGGGGUACAUGGAUUUUUUUUCCGACCGAAGAGCAGGAGUGUCCCCUGAAAAAAAACUUUACACUGUACAUCGAAUGGCAGUCGGAGCGUCUCCAUUCACGGGACCUUGUGAAUGGAUCUGUAACUGAGUUGCCGAAUUCCGAUAAAAUCUUGGAAGCAGUGCAGCAAGCUUUUGCCGCCGCGAACCCCGUGACAAUGGAUAACAUCACUCUAGCCCUUACCAUGACGAAAUGCAAUGACAGUGUACCAACUCCCACGGGGUUUGAAGCUGCCAAGAUUAGUUUUGCCGUGUCGUACCCGAAAAUGAGGAGCGGAUUGUACUGGAACGUUUGGCGCUAUGCAUCAUUUGAUGAGCUGAAAGCCGCCUUGCAGAGCACUGCAAACGUUAUACUUGUCCGCGCAAGGAAUCUGGCGGGGCCAGCUUCCGACUACUAACCGAUUCCAAGUACUGCUUACCGCCUCUCUUUGCUAUGGAACUGCAAGAUUGCAUUAAUUAAAUUAGUCUCAGCUGCCACCUUUUGACCCACCGGAGGAUAGCGAUUUGGGUUGUUUUG